UCCCGUCUCUAUGGUUGCGCUGGCACCGCGGGGCCGACGGGAGGCUGGCGGACUCUGUACAUUUUUCCCUAAUUACCUCACGAGCAGGGAGGAGGCUGCCGGGAUAGCGGAGGACCUUCCGUCGGCCUCGCUGUAGUCCUCCAGCUCCCCUCGCUGCCCGGCGGCUCCGGGAAGCCCGGCUCCCGGCCCGUCUGCGGCGGGCCGUGCUCCCUUCUCCCCGCCCGCCGGGCCUGCUUCUCUGGGGAGCCUCACUCAGGCCCAUGGCUCCAUGAGGCGGGAGAAGGAGACGGCGGCGGCGGCGGGGCAGCAGCGGCGGUGGCUGGGCUGAGGCGGAGGGGAAGCCGCGUCCGGCCCGGGACGGGUGCAGGAGGGUUCUGCAGUGCUCCAGGCAGCAAGGUUUUGAAGCAGGAUGGGAAAAAGACGCUGUGUUCCUCCACUUGAGCCCAAGCUGGCAGCUGGCUGUUGCGGGGUAAAGAAGCCCAAAUUGUCUGGGAGUGGAACGCACAGUCAUGGGAAUCAGACCACAACUGCACCAGGCUCCAGUUCAGGUCCUCUUCAGAACCACCAGCAUACAGAUGGGAAUAACGGAAGGGAGAACGUAUCUGACUUGACUUUGGGCCCAGGAAAUUCCCCAAUUACUCGAAUGAAUCCCACUUCAGGAGCUCUGAGCCCACUUACUCGGCCCAAUGGAACUGCCAACAGCACCAAGAACCUGGUGGUGACAGCAGAGAUGUGCUGCUACUGCUUUGAUGUACUCUACUGUCAUCUCUACGGUUUCCCUCAGCCACGACUUCCUCGAUUUACCAAUGACCCCUAUCCACUCUUUGUGACGUGGAAGACGGGGCGCGACAAGCGGCUUCGUGGCUGCAUUGGGACCUUUUCAGCCAUGAAUCUUCACUCAGGACUCAGGGAAUACACAUUAACCAGUGCACUUAAGGACAGCCGAUUUCCCCCCCUGACCCGCGAGGAGCUGCCCAAACUCUUCUGCUCUGUCUCCCUCCUCACUAACUUUGAGGAUGCCAGUGACUACCUGGACUGGGAGGUUGGGAUCCAUGGGAUCAGAAUAGAGUUCAUCAAUGAGAAAGGUGUCAAACGCACAGCCACGUAUUUACCUGAGGUUGCUAAGGAACAAGACUGGGAUCAGAUCCAGACCAUAGACUCCUUACUCAGGAAAGGUGGCUUUAAGGCUCCGAUCACGAAUGAUUUUAGGAAAACGAUUAAACUCACCAGGUACCGCAGUGAGAAGGUGACAAUCAGUUAUGCAGAGUACAUGGCUUCCCGUCAGCAUUGUUUCCAGAAUGGCACUCUUCAUGCCCCUCCCCUCUACAAUCAUUACUCCUGACACACGGCUGCAUGACCAGUCCCACUCCCCCGUUGCUGCCAACGGCUACGACAUCAUUGGGGCAGAUGCCUCCUCUUCCUGGUCCAGUUACUUCUAUUACUGCACCAUUUUAUGAUGCUAGCUUCCGUUGCCAAGUCUGCCUUCCAGCUGACCUGGGUGGGAGGAUGAGAGCAUGACAGAACUUCAGGGGCCCAAGCCUUAUCUCAGCCUUCCCUCAGAAUGGGGGUUCAGUUGGAUUGGGGCUCCAUGCCUACAAACUGUCGUGAGGUGCAGAAGACCUCUAGGAGUGAAAGUGCCACUUCGGACUGACCUGUUCUUGUGUGUUACCAACACUCCAGGAACUCGAGUUUUUUUUGUUAUGGAAGCCCCCCAGAUCAAGUAGGAGCAUUCCCCUGGCAGCCUGGGCAACGGAGUCCAACAAAACAUUUUUUAGGUUCUUUUUAAUUUUUCUUAACCUCUGGUAUCUGUUGUGUACUGAGAGCUGAUUACAGUCCCCACACAUCACAGGCGGACGUUAUGCUAUUGGGGAGGGCUGAACAUCUGGAUAGCACCCCAACCUCAUGGACAGAAAACAUCUAGAGACGUGAAAAACUUUUGGAUGAUAUUGCCCAUGAAUCCAUUCUUUAAAUGAACCCUAGAAAGCUGUAACUACCAGAUCCCAUUGUAGGGUGGAUUUUCUAGAAAUGCUCUUGGUUUACAGUUUUCUGGGGUUUUGGACAGUGCUUUGUAAUGUAGCCUGCUAUGAAAUCGAAUGCUGAUACUCCCAUGAGAGCAACAUGACACGUGCUGUGUAUGCAAAGCACAAGGUACCUCAGUGUCCUUGGACAGUCUUCUGUUACAACUCAGUUUUGUGUCCAAACAUUUGUAAGGGAGCCUGAUUGGAUUAGGGGUGGGGAGGGAUUUGCAGGCCACUGACUGUAGUUAAGCAAGUGAGACUAGUGACUGAAAUUGUGUAACCUAAGCUAAGGGUCUCGGGGACCUUCCUUUUGAUAGGACAGCCACUUUCUCUGGGGUAACUGUGGAUCUGAGAACUGUGAGGGUGCCAGUUUAUGGCAGGCCUAUGGAAGAGAUCUAUGUAGUUUCACUGGUAAGUUGUUAUCUUGCAUAGUUUAGUCUUUACCACAUCAAGGCAAUGAGUGGGGAAACUUGUAUUAUCCAAACUGUGUGAAACUCAGGUGCAUUCUGUGUUUCUUCUCCCAUCAUUGAUGACUACAAGAAAUACCCUCUUCUAAGAGGAAGAUAUUACCCAGUUGUUACUCUGCUGUGUCAUUGAGGGAUAUCAUAAACUCUAAAUUGUGAUUCUCUCCAUAAUGCCAGUGGACUUGAAAAUUUAAUAUUGUUGGCUUGUUUUUCAAGUUUCUGAGGGUCAGCAAUGAUCAGGAAAGAAAAUACAAGUGCAUAGCAGAGUAAUGGCUGUUUGGUUGCCUAUAUCUUAAAAGCUUGCUUGUGUGUGGUAAUGAUGGCUUUUCAAACUGGCUGAAGUUUCAAGCCUGAAAUUCUCUCCUGGUAUGGCAGGGACUAGGGCUGGUAGAAAGCUCAGAACUGCAUGCAGCUGCUCCUUCUGGUCUUAGAGAAGCAAACAGAAUUGUGCAGGUUUGCUUCACAUUGGUGUAAUGUUCCCCUGCUGGAGGAGAGAGAUGCAAGGGAAGGAGGGGGUCCUAUUCUGGAUAAUGGUGCAAUAUUGACCCAGCUUUCCUCCUGUACUGGGUCAUUCUUAGAAAUUGCCACUUCUUCCUUGUGAUGUUGUUGAAAAGCAAUUGAAGAUUUAAGGGAUUGUUUCAUGAUUUCCUGCUGCUGAGAAUAAAUUGAUCUUGUUACAAACUCGAGUGGUUUGUAAUUACUCUCCCAGGUGCCGUGUAGUGAUGAGGGAGGAUGGGGUCAGCUCUGGACAUACCAUUCACCUUUCAGCUGUCAAACAGUAUGAUACAUAGGGCUACACUCAUUACUGUCCAAGUGUUCUAUGUUAGAAUUAAAUUUCUAAAAUGUUUAAAAAAAAAAAAAGCAAAAAAAUGGUGCUAAAACUUCACCCCUGAGCACGCUCAGUGAGACUGGUCAUGCAGGCAUAUAGUGCCAGGCUUUUCAACAAUACUGUUUCUUUUUCAAAUGUUUGCCCUGUUCUGUGUCUUCAACAGUGUAUAGUGUUUUCCUGAUUUCAUUUUAUUUGGAUAGGGGAUGACUAAGGGGUGGGGUGGGGAGGGUUAGCUGUCAUUUUUAAAGAACAGAACUUUAGGAUUGAGUGACUUGAUUGGUUUAAGCCUGGAGUGGGCUAGAUGGUUUGGGACUAGGGAAGCCUUACCCUCUCCCACUUCCAUUUCUCCACUCAGUCUGGUUAAAAAUAAAACAAAAUAAAAACGCCUCUAAAUAUGUACUGUGUUCUUGUCUUGUUGCAGUGAGAAGAGAAGCUAGCAAAUCAGAAACACUGGUCUGCUGCCUGAGAAACAGGCCCUCAGCUUUAGUGCCGUAAGGGUCCAGCUAUAAAAUCAGUUGAAAAAAUGUGUCAGUACUUAUCUCAAAAAAUGUGACAGGGACAGGUGGUCUCAGGAAAUAAUCCCAUUUCUAGAUCAUUAUGUGGCAGCUAUGCAUAAGGAUGAAAGAGGUGAACUAGAAACAAACUGUUCUUUGAGUUGUCUCAAGAUGGAGGCAACUAAAAUCAGUGACCAAUUGAUGUAAGAACUUCUUUGUGGUUACUUGUCUGGGACAGCAGGUUGGAACUCCUCAAAGCAACUGUGACCUGGUUUGAUCUGGAUUUAACUCAUCCUUAGAAGCAAGUGCCUUUUGGUCUAGAAGGGCUUAUUCUCAUGAUAACCACGACUGAGAAAUAAUCUCACUGCAAUGAUGAAUUGUCUUUGUUUUACAGUAACUACAGGAGAAUGUCUUUGAUCACUGGAGUCUGUCAGUGUUGGAAUGUUUCCACUGUGAGGUUCUUAAUUUUUGGUUUGUGGUUUGGUUUUUUUUUCUUUGUUUAUCAUGUUCAGCAGUCAAUCUCAACUGAGGCCCUUUCAGUCUGGGAAUAUUUUGUGGUCAAAAUAUCACAUAUCUACAACUUACUAACAACAACAAAAAUUUCUGUAAGAAAAUCUAAGAGUUCAUGCUAACCUUUGCACAGAAUAAUUUCUUUUCAUAGUACAUUAACAGACAUCUGCAAUCUUUUCUGACUAUUAGUGCUGUUUUCUGUUUGUAUUCUGGAAACUACAUGUUGUUUUGUUGGGUUUUUUUGGUUAAUUUAUUUCCUUAAAGAAGGAGACCUCUUUUGACCUUCAGUGCAGAGAUGUCAGACCAAUUCUUUGUAUUACACUUGGUUGCCUCCUACCUAUAUAAUAACUUCUGAGUGUAAAUAAUUGAACUCUAUCCUCUAAUGAAUUAUUGUAGAGAAUAAAUAGUA